CGCCGCUCUCUGCCUCGCUUCUCUGCGGUGGGCCACGAGCCGCUCGAGCCGUCGGUCGCUCGCGGCCUCUCCCGCGCGGCGAUCGAGGACGGCACCGCGCGGCUGCCGCCCUUUGAGCCGGCCGAGCUGCCGCCCGCCGCCGGGCUGCCGCCGCUGAUGCUCUCGUUCGGUCCGUCCGGCAAGCUCACCGGCCAGCUGGUGGCCGUGCAGGUGGACGAGGGGCGGUGGGCGGAGCUCUCCCUCUCGCGCUCCAAGGCGGCCAGCUUCGCGCUGCGGCACGAGGACGUGGUCUACGAGCUCGCCGCGCAGGUGACGCGGGCUCCGGCUGACUUCCACCGCACACGGCUGGUGACGCUGCUGCCGCGGUACGUGCUCCUCAACUCGACGCCCUUCGACCUCGUCGUCGGGCAGGCCGGGCACGACGCCUGGUUCCUGAUGCCGCGCCACCGGCCGCACUCGCCCGCGCAGCGUCUCGUCUGGCACUGGCCUUCCGCGAGGCACAAGCGGCGGCUCUGCGUCAAGGUGCUCGACGCCGACGGCUCAGAGUGGCUCCCGUGCGCGCCCUUCAAGCUCGGCGGCGGCGGCGGCGCCAGCUCGGGCCUGCGCUGCCUGAUCAAGUCGAGGCACCCCUCCGAGCCGCGCAAGCUGCGCGUGCUCGGCGUGCACCUCGAGGUGGUCGACGGCGUCUGCUUCGUCAAGCUCUGCGAGGCGCGCGCGCACGAGAUGCCGCUGAUGAUCUCGAACAACACAUCGGCGCCGAUCCGCGCCGUGCAGUCGAGAGGGGGGGGGGAGCGUGUGAGCCGCGCCUCUUCACACCCGCCGCGGGUGAGUAGGCGCCGAUCCGCAUCCUGCAGUCGCAGCCCGGUCGCACACUCCUCGGCCAACCCUCGCCCGCCGACAAAGCAAGCGCAGAGGAGGCGCGCUCCGUGCGCGCCUCGCUCUCCGCCGCCGCCGCGCCGCCGCGCCUCGCCGCCGCCGCCCCGCCCGCGCGCGCCCGCCGCGGCUGGCGGCGCCAUUUCGACGUGCCGGCCCUGUUUGGGGCGAGGGAGCGCACGGAGGGGGAGGCGCCGCCGUGGCGCGGCGCGGGCGGCGCGGCGGGCGGGGAGAGGCGAGGCGGGGGGGGUGGAGGGGGAGGGGGCGGGCGCUCGCUGCCUCCGCUCGACCUUCCGCCGAGUGGGGGGGCGGCCGAGGCGGUGGCGGAGGGGGCCCGCGGGGCGGCCGGGGCGGCGCCGCCGCCGUCCCGGGCCGGCGCGGCGGCGACGGCGGUGCAGGCGUCCUUGCGCGGCCUUUUGGCGAGGCGCACGCUUGCGGCGUCUCGCAGGGUGGCGGCGGCGACGGCGCUGCAGGCGGCGGUGCGCGGCCGGCUCGCCCGCCGCACGCUCGCCUCGACGCUGGGCGCCGACGUUCGCGGCGUCGCCGAGUCGCUGCGCGAGCAGGCGACGCCGCGCUAG